GUUACACAAGGCCCGGUCCUGCGCUGCAGCCCAGGACUCCCGAGGUCAGUAUCCCACGACCCUCGCGGCGAGGAGGACCCCGCCACGUCGCAGCCAAGCGGCCACAAUUCCUCAACAUGUUGUUUCUGGCUGUGCUUGGAGUGGUUCUCGUGCUGUGGCUUCUCUACCGAGGGACGUUGAAACCCAGGGGCUUCCCACCAGGACCGGCCCGAACUCCCUUCGUGGGAUUUUUGCCUCAAUUAGAGCAACAUCUUAUCCACAAGCAAAUGUGGCGGAUGUCACAUAGUUAUGGGCCAGUCAUUGGAGUUUUUUUCGCCCACAAACCUGUCGUGGUCGUCAACGGAUGGGAAGCCAUUAAGGAGUCCCUGCAGAACGACGACCUCAAUGGGCGUCCCGAGAUCUCCCUUCGGAAGAUAAUGCAGGGAGGAGUUCUUCGCGGCGUGAUGUUCGUGGAGGGUGAAUUCUGGAAAGAACAGCGUCGCUUUUCCCUUCAUCACUUCCGGAACUUGGGCUUCGGGAAACGCUCCCACGAGAGCGUCAUCCACGAGGAGGCCAGGGAGCUCAUCGACGAGGUCCUGGACGCCGACGGCAGCGUCAAACUACAGAGCCUCGUGGGCAUUUCGUCCAUCAACAUCCUGUGGGCGGUGAUGGGCGGCGUGCGGUUCCCGAGGAAGGACCCGCAGCUCAUGCACCUCGUGGACAGCCUCAACAAACUCUUCAGAGCAGGAGACCCAAGCGGCGGCCUCGUUGGCGCAUUCCCCUUCCUGCGCCAUUUUGUUUCCCAGGAAAACAGAGCUAUAGUUGUCAUGAACGGAUUUGCUCUUGUCGAGGAAUUUAUUAAGAAAGCAGUAGAACAACACAAGGAAAGCCUCGACCCGAACAAUCCUAGAGAUUUUAUAGAUAUUUACCUCAAUGAGAUCAACAACGAACUCAACAACAACAGCAAAACGAGCUCCACUUUCUCUGAGCAGCUGAUUGCAGUUUGCACAGACGUGUUCAGCGCUGGCGCCGAGACCGGAUCCGCCACGGUGGCGUUCUCUGUUAUGCUCAUGUGCCUCUUCCCGGAAGUCAUGAAGAAAGUGCAAAAGGAGAUUGACUCCGUUAUUGGACGUAAUCGUUUUCCCAGCAUGGCGGACCGGACAGACUUGCCCUACGUGGAAGCAACUCUCAAUGAGGUUUUCCGUUUUCGGGGAGCGGCCACCUUCACCGUCCCUCACAGUGCAAUGCGAGAUACCGUUUUGCGGGGACACCGGAUACCAGCCAAAACGAUGGUAAUGAACAACCUGUACAGUGUUCACAUGGACCCUGAGUAUUGGGGCGACCCUGAAAACUUCCGUCCCGAGCGCUUCAUCAACGCGGAUGGAACCUUCCGCAAGGACGAGCGAAUGAUUCCCUUUGGCAAAGGUAAAAGGACGGCUCUCGGAGAGCCUCUCGCUCGCAUGACGUCGUUCCUGCUGUUCGCGGCGCUCGUGCAGCACCUGGACUUCGAGCUCGACCCCGCCGUCCCCGUCACCAACACGGAAGGCGUCGCAGGGUUCACGCUCGGCCCGCCGGAGUUCAGAGUCUUUGCCAAACGCAGAUUCUGACGGAGGGGAGGAGAGAGAGAGAGAGAGAGAGAGAGAGAAGAGAGAGAGAGAGAGAGAGAGAGAGAGAGAGAGAGAGAGAGAGAGAGAGAGAGGGGGGGGGGGAGAUGCAUGCACAUUCACAUGGAAAUUUAUGUUGAAUCAAAAUAUUUUUAAAUUGUUCAAUGUAUCAUCCUAAUAAAAGCUGCCUCUUUAACUAUA